GCUCUGCCUGCAACUCGGUGAGAGCAGUGGCGUGUGGGACUUCACCGACAGCGUUGGCUACUUCCGUUUCGAACCAAUAUAAAGGACAAAGUGUGAUGAUCUUCGACAGGUGACAGAGCAUCGAUGGCACCUCCAUGAGCAGUUAGACUUGAAAAUUCGUAGAUACGUCUGGAUGAAUGUACUUCAAGUGGACACUUAAUAGCAUGGCUGAAAGCUUGAAGGUCACCAGCACAACGGGCACACUGUGCAGCAGGGGUAAUGGAGGCGCAGGAUGUGAUGACGCCCUUUUGCACCCUCCUUUGUUGGUGGAUGCCUGGCUGGUGCCCCUGUUCUUUGCUCUCAUCAUGCUCCUUGGACUCCUGGGCAACUCCCUUGUCAUCUAUGUAGUCGCUAAGCAACAACAGAUGAAGACUGUCACCAAUAUUUACAUAGUGAAUCUGGCCACAACAGACAUUCUGUUCUUAGUUUGCUGUGUGCCUUUCACGGCCACACUUUACCCUCUGCCCAGCUGGGUAUUUGGAGACUUCAUGUGUCGCUUGGUCAACUAUCUACAGCAGGUGACAGCUCAGGCAACCUGCAUCACUCUUUCUGCAAUGAGCGUGGAUCGCUUUUAUGUGACAGUUUACCCUCUGCAGUCCCUCCACCACAGGACUCCACAGUUAGCCAUGGCUGUCAGCAUCUCCAUAUGGAUAGGUUCCCUGCUGCUGUCUGUGCCAGUGGCUGUGUACCAGCGUCUAGAGCCAGGCUACUGGUUUGGCCCACAGACGUACUGCACUGAAGCCUUCCCUUCCCCAAGCCUCCACAGGGCCUUCAUCCUCUACACCUUCCUGGCUGUCUACCUGCUGCCGCUGGUCACCAUUUGUUUCUGCUACGCCUGCAUGCUUAAACGUAUGGGCCGCCCCAGUGUGGAGCCAGCGGACAACAACUACCAGGUCCAUGUGCAGUAUGAGCACUCGGAAGCGGUGCGUUCGCGGGUGUCCCGCAUGGUGGUGGUGAUGGUGCUGCUCUUCACCAUCUGCUGGGGGCCCAUCCAGGUGCUGCUGCUCCUGCAGUCUCUGCAGCCGGCUGCCCCGCUCCGCAGCUACACCCUCUACAAGCUGAAGAUCUGGGCCCACUGCAUGUCUUACGCCAGCUCGGCCCUCAACCCGCUGCUCUACGCCUUCAUGGGGGCCAACUUCAGACGGGCUUUCAGGGACGCCUUCCCUGCUGCGUUCAAACGCACUCGGCGCCGGACACAGCCACUCACUGACCCCACUCACGCUGAGCUGAACUUCCUUUCAUCUGGACCCUGAGACUCUCUCUCUCUCUCUCUCUCUCUCUCUCUCUCUCUCUCUCUCUCUCUCUCUUUCUCUCUCUCUCUCUCUAGCUUUUUCUCACUGUUGGCCUCUUGCUCCCAUAUAAAAAAACAGUGAUUUGUGUGAUAAGUGAGAUAUCUAAUGCACACUGACACACACUUACUUUGACAGACUCACUUACUGUGUACAAGACUCUUUAGUGUGUACGUUUUAAUCAGAGGCUUAUUUUUGCCAUGUGACCUUUUCUCCCUCUGUGGUGUCUUUGUUGGCUCCCGACUGUUUCUCCGAGUUUGUUGGUCGCGUGCUACCUCAUGCUAGCGUCGUCCACUCUGUAUUUAAUUCAUCACAUGAGACACAUCAUGGGCAAGGCAAAGGAGAGAUGGACACACAAUACAUCCAACGAAACGCAAAUGUCAGCAGUUAAGCAUCCUGUAUUCCCUGCAUCUAGUGAC